GCGUCUCCGUCCCCGCGCGUCUGUGCGCUCCGCUCGCCGGGUCGCCGCGGGGCAUGGAGUAGCGGGGCGGGUUGACCGGCGCGGGGACAGACGCCAGGACAGACGCCGGAGGACGCCCGCAGCUCCGGGGCGCGGGGACAGCUAGCCAGCCACUCCCGCCGAAGGAGCACAAGAUGCGCGGGCCCGGGCGCCCCCUCCUCCUGGGGCUGCUGCUGGUGCUGGGGGCGGCGGGGCCCGGGGUCGCUGAGCCCCGGGAGGCGGCCGACGGGCAGACCCUGCUUCGGCUCAUCGUGGAGAUCCUGCAGGAGCUCAGGAAGUCCCACUCGGGCGAGUCCAAGAGGCUGCAGCUCUCGGGCCAGCACGACUACACCCUGGGCCGCAGGGAGGUCCCGGACUACCCGCUGGAUCCCGAGGAGCAGAGAGUGGAAAUCGUUCCUCGAGAUCUAAGGAUGAAGGACAAGUUUCUAAAACAUCUGACGGGUCCUCUUUAUUUCAGCCCAAAGUGCAGCAAACACUUUCACAGACUGUACCACAACACCAGAGACUGCACCAUCCCUGCAUACUAUAAAAGAUGUGCCAGGCUUCUUACCCGGCUGGCUGUCAGUCCAAUGUGCAUGGAGGGAUAAGGUGAUAUGCUUGAGAAGAGGUAACAGGCCUUUCUUCAUAGUUAAAACAUCAACGUUUCCAGAGAUGAACCAGGCACAUCCUUGGAAAACAACUUCCUGUUACUUAGGGGCAGGGAGACCAAAUGCCUUGUGGCCAUUUAGUCAAGCUACACGCUCCCUGUCUCUGCUCCCGGUAACUGGCCACCUGCUCCCCCACAGCUGGUUGCUCCUAGAAGGGAAGCAAAGUGUACUCACUAGAGCAAGAAUGACUGUCAUUACCCAGGGAAGCAUGUCGGUAUGGAAUUAGUACCGGGCGUGGUUCUACUUCUGCAUUGAUUCUGGGACGGCACAUCGGGGGUGGCACAUGCGGAAAAGAAAGGAAGCCCUGGCAGGUGGAGCAGACGUGGUCUUAGAAAUGGUGCUGAUGGUGAAUGCACUUCUCCAGCCUGACCCACCAAGCCAGGGUCUGGCUGGAUGGCAGAACCAGGGAAGAUAAGAAGGCUGUGUGCCCACAGGUGUUACAUGCCCAAAGGCCACCGUACCCAACUGUCACACUUGUCACAGCUGCAACUGUGUUCAUUUUAGUCAAGAAAUGGGUGAAGUUUAAAAAACACAAACAUUUCUGCUAACUAUAAUAAUUUCUAACAUUUUUAAAAGACUAAUUUCUUCUAAUUCCAGAAGUUUUAAACAUCAGUGGCAGACUCCCCACUGGUUGCUCACCACGUAGACAGGAGGGCCCUGUGGGCUGGGUGAGGACAUCAGUGAGAGCGCACGCAGCAGUUGCACACACACACCCUCCCGGUCACACAGUGGCCCGGGUGUGGAGGAAGCGGGGCGUAGACCCCAGUCUGCUGCUGCCCUGUCGGCGACACGGGACCGGACCCGGCUGCAGACUGACUCCUCUCCCAGCUCCGGGCCGCAGCCUGGUCUUCUCCCAGCUGAGCCUGGAGGCAGCCGGUGUGUACGGGGAAGGAGCACGGGGAUCUUCGCGUCUGGGAGCUGAGCACAAACCCCUGGCCGCCUCCUUUCUGAAGCUCACGAACUGGUCCCCUCCAGCCGACGAGAAACGAGAUACCCAGCCACUCUCCCUCGUAGUCAGAGACCCACUCGAGAUGUCUUACACACCUCACUACCUAGGGCUGCAGCCCAGGGAAAUCAGAAGCCUGAGCUCUGGAAUAUUUCCAAAGAGAUGUAGUUUCGAAUAACAAGUACCCAGCUCAGUCUACAAAAUGCAGCCUGGUUUCAGUAGCCCUGAAGCUUACCAUUAUUUUUAAAAUUAAAUUAAUGGCAUGGAGUGCUAGGAAGAAGUUUAUUCUUGGCUAUGGGUUUUGCAAAUGCUCAUGAGGACAGAAGUGUAAAGGCCAAUCGGCUAUUUCUCAGGAUUGCCACAAACUGUAAAACAGCGUGGCCUGAAUUACUGAGGACUUGACAACACACACAUCAAGGGUAAGGGCUGUCUUCACACUUUAAUAAGCAUUCGGUUGUAUUUAGGAAGAUUUUCACUCCUUUAGCAUAGUGAACAUGUAACAACUGUGGACCUGGUUACUUUCCACAGUAAAAUGGACUAUGCUUUUUGAAACAUAGAGAAAUGUACGUGCAGAUUGUGAUCCCUUGUGUUUAUAAACACAUUAUGUUACAUAAUUCAACAUCUAGGUCUUCUAGAAGUGGGAAGUGUGAAUGGUUAUAUGAAACCAAAUGUUUUUCAGCUGUGGGCAGAGCUGCAGAGGACCAACAGCCCAUGCAUGAACCAUGAGAAGUGCCUUGGAGACCAGCAGGGACAGAACCUACUACCUUCAUGAACACGUCCCCUUGUGAACAAGAGAUUUAUUUUUGCAGACAGACUCUUCCAAACUUCCUUUGAGUUUUGUACGUUGUUGACACUGUUGGCAGAUAUAAAUUCAGUAAAUCAGCGUACCUGACUGUAGUAAGACUUGCCACUCAUGAUUUUGGAAUAAAGAAUGCUCCACAUUUGAUAGGUAGUGCUACAAAACAGAGAAGGCGAUUUCAUUUUCCUAAUUAGAUGAAAUCUCAAAGAAUAUUUCUUUAGAAACAUAAACUGAAUCUGAAACUAUAUUUUCAUAUAGCAUAUGGUAUGAUUUAAUAUUUUUAUUACUUUUACAAUUAAAUUCCCAGAGUAUUAUUUGGAAUUGCAUGAAAGCCCACGAAAAAACUUGUCAUGUUUUGGAGACAGUAGAGUAUAAAUCUGUGAACAUACCCAGGCUAAUUUCAUUUGUCCUUUGUAUAAUAAAUGUAAGAUAAUAUCCAGAUAUUGUGCAAUAUGUAAAUACUGUAAAUGGUGAAACAAGUAAUAAACAGAGUGUUUAUUAUAAUGAA